AGGGGCGUGGUUACUCAGAUGAGGCGGGGGCUCCCUGCAGCCCGCGCAGCACAACUCUGAACCUGGGUCCACUCACAGAUGAAGCAGCUCUGCACAGCGCGGUCAUGGAGCCGCGUGUCCGGCUGCUCUCUCCGCUCUCUUUGCUGGCCAUGGCCGGCUUCUUCUCUACGGUGCACGCUCAGGAAGGCUCGGCGUGCGGGCUGACGGUGCUCGGCCCGGCGAGCGGCACGCUCGCCUCGCUCGACUACCCGCAGGCGUACCCUCGCAACGGUUCCUGCCGCUGGCUCGUGCGCGGCCCGCCGGGCUCCCGCCUGCGCCUGCGCUUCGCCGACUUCCUCGUGCCGUACAACGAGCACUGCCAAGCCGACUACGUGCGCCUGUUCGACGGGGAGAGAGCUUCGAGCCGGUACUGCGGGAACAUGUACUACGUGCCCAAGGAGGUGGUGAGCGUGGGGAGCGAGGUGACGGUCGAGUUCCAGAGCCGAUCCGGGACCACGGGACGAGGCUUCCUGCUCAACUACGCCACGGAGCAACACGCCGAUCUCAUCACCUGCCUGAGCCUGGGAUCUCACUUCUCAGAUGAGGCUUUGGAAUACAGGAAGUACUGCCCAGCCGGAUGCUUCAGCACGGACAGCGAGAUCAUGGGCUGUCCCGAGACCGGAUACAGAGAUUCUUCACCGCUGUGCAGGGCCGCGGUGCACGCGGGCGUCCUGGCGGCCGACCAGGGCGGCAGCGUCACGGUCCGCCGUGCCUCUGGGGCCCACUACUACAAGGGCACCCGUGCCAACGGCAUCGCCUCCACAGAUGGGCCGCUUUCUGAUUGGCUCUUCAAGUUCAAAACCGACGGCUGCGACGCCGCGCUGGGUUUGGCGUCGGGCUCCGUGGCGGACGCCCAGCUCACGGCCUCCUCCACGCUGCAGUGGUACGACGCGCAGGGCGGCCUGCAGGCCUGGCCUGCGCACCACGCCAGGCUGGGCCUGCACGGGCCGCCCUGGGCUCCCUUCAACCUCGACGACCGCCAGUGGCUCCAGGUCGACCUGCAGACGCCCAAGCGCGUCGCGGGAAUCGUGACGACGGGCUCGGCGUAUCAGAACUACAACUUCUUUGUGACGGCCUACAAGCUCUCGUACAGCCUGGACGGCGCCAAGUGGAAGUUCUACAAGACGGCCGCCUUGGGUGAGGACAAGGUGUUCGAAGGCAACACCAACCAGUGGCAGGAGGCGCGCCAUUCCCUGCUGCCGGCUCUGGCGUCGGCGCGCUUCGUGCGUCUCCACCCGACGGCGUGGCACGGCAAGAUCGCGCUCAAGGCCGAGCUGCUGGGCUGCGAGCCGCUGGGUCCGCGUGCCGCCCACAUUCCAGCCGUGCGCCCUCGCCUCUCGAACACGAGGACCCGCGACAGCACCGCGAUGAUGGAGACGCUCUCUUCGCACGAGGGCGGCGCGGUGACGCGCAACGGCAACGGCACCCUGCACGUCGAGGAGAGUCAGGGCUGGAAUGCGUGGUGGGUGGCAUUGCCCGUUACCUUGGCAUUGACAACUCUCGUCUCGGUGCUGGUGAUCUACGCGUGCGUGAGGAACAGGAAAAGCAGACGCAAGGCGGCGGAGGGAGCGGCGAGCACGCAACUUGGGCGCAGAGCGGGCCGCUGCCUGAGCCUCAAGAGGAUCUUCCCGAGCCGCAUCCCCGAGCCGGCCGACUCGCUCAUCAACAUCCACUACCACCCGGACAAGCGGCAGUCGCACGACAUCGGCGCCGUGCUCAGCAACAUCGAGGGGGCUCGCCACCCGGACUACGCCGUACCGCUCAUGGCUCCAGGCCAGGUGAGGAAGGGCUCCACCUUCAAACCGGACGAGUCGGCCUGGCGGGACGAUCCCCACCGCGCGGCCGUGCCUCGGCCUCAGCCGCCGUUGCCGGCGGCGGCGGCGGCGGCGGCGGCGGCGAUGGCGCCGAGCCAGCACACGUACACGGAGCCCAUCCCGAGUGGACGGCCCGAAUACGCCAUGCCCAUCGUGCUUCAGAGGGGCGCGGCCUCCCCGGCCAUCAUCGCUCCGCCCGCCACCACCACCGGCGGCGUCGCGAGCUCCCUCGGCGCUAGCUACGACCGGCCCGGCCAACGCAAGCCGGCUCCCGGCGGACUCGGAGUUAAGAAGCCGCGGCCGCGGCCCGGUGGUGUGCCGGCUGCGGCAAUUGAGGUGGAGCUGGGGUACAAGGCGCCGAUUCCGGUGGACUUGAGCAAGCCGGAGGAGGACUCGGGUUACCGCACGCCCAGGGCGGCCCUGGCGCUCGCACCGGCGUUGCCGGCGUUGCCGGCAGGGAUGACGACUGCUGCGGCACCGCCGCCGCCGCCGCCGCCGUGCGACUACGAUGCCCCGAGAGCGGACCGGCAGUUUGACGUUUGACGGCGCACUACGUGGCGGUGGUGGCGGUGGUGGUGGUGGUGACCACUGGCAGGUCGGGGGAGUGCCCCCCCCCCCCCCCCCCUUACUGAGUUGUGUCGAGCGCAGAUUCGUUCAGUCGUUCUUGCUCGUUGUGGGGGGUGGGUGGAGACGGUUGCGUGACUCCCGGUGACGGUACGCGGCAUGCGACGGUGAAAUUAUUCGGCGAUUUUUUUUUUAAUCCAAUCGAUGCUCGUGGUCUUGCUAAAUGCGUCGGAUCAUGCGUGUGAUCAGCGCUCUCCGCUAUGAGCCUGGCAAGUCGAGUUCAAUACCUGGCUGUGGCUAUAUCUAAACUGGACCGCCUCCCCCGCCCGCCUUCACCAAAUCUCAACCUGCACAGACCAGCUUAAUGAAGUUUGGUCAAACAAUUCCCAUGGCCACCACAGCAUGGGGGAAGGCCUUCAUUCAGCAGUGGAUGAACAAAUGUCUUGAGAUGAACACUGUAUGUUAAUCUGACGGAGCAAAACGAAACUAGACGAUUGGGGCGGAGUUAACGAGAAGCGAUACGGUGAAAAUGAGACCGAAAUUCGCACUCCCGAUAUUGUGUUUUCCAUGUCGUACCUCUCGCGCGUUCUCCGGUACUGUUUCACUCCAGUUCCCGAAGAAGCUCCCGUGGAGCAAAAACGUCAGACAAUGCCCCGUGGGACCGAAUCGUUGCAUGCCCCGUUUUUUUUUUUAACAGGGAGUGGCUACUUGCGUGUGCGAAAGAAGUUGUGUAUGAGGAAGACUGCUGAUCACGUACCACUGUUGGCACAAUGGUUGGGUCCAUUGCAGGGAGGUUGCUUCUCCAUAGGACGGUGGACUACUUGCGUUGUGAGUGCAAUUUCAUAACUGGUUCCCCUCGGGAGUUUUUUGUUUGUUUGUUCGUAAGAUGAAUAUAUUUUUUAAAGAUUAUUUUUUUUUCAUUUGUUGCAGUUGGGGAAACGUUAAUCAAGGAGGAGGAAUGGCACUCCCGACGAAAAGGUUAAUUUGCGUGACGUUUUUUUUCAGAACUUGUUUUCAAAUUCUUCAGCAAAUGCCUUUUAUAGUCUCGGAUCUCGUUCAAACAUGAUCCGCCCCCUCCUUAGCUCUUAGAUGGAGUUCUUUUGCCAAUAAUAUAUCCGUUUAUCAAGUUUUUCCAAGACACUAAACAAGCCUUUGUAGACAAAUUGAUCGGAUCUUGCUUUGAAACAUCCACUCUCUUCAGACUUACUUUCCAUUGACGUGCCAUUCCUCCCGUAAUAUAUAUAUAUAUUUAGUUCGUAACAUGAACCUCUUCAGGAGCCUGUGAAAAUCAGUAACUAAACGGUUAUUACCGCUUCGGUGUCCUUAAAGGUUAAAUCGCCAUCCUGACGACCGAUGUAGGACAGGAGUCGAUAACCAAUUUCCUUAACCAGCGCCAAAAAUAGGAGUUUAAAAUAUUGUUUUGGCGGGCGGCACCUUAACGUGUAUCUCGGCGUUGUCCAGUAAUUAAUCACUGCAAACAAUAAAUCGCGUUCACCGUGGAACAGGUGACCUCGUGAAGGUGUGCAGUGAAAGAAGAGACGGUAAAGGUGCCGCCCUGCAAUUGCCUGCUCGGACCACUGCUGACGGACGAGCCUCCACGUGUCGGAACUCUGGAGGUUAUGAUGGCCUACUCUUCCACGUUGACUCGCUGUGUUGGAAGAGGUCGGCGUACCUGCAGAUUGACUAACUGCGGCUGAACCCAUUUAUACUGCUGCUGGGUGGACAGGAGUGUGGGGGGGUGGGGAGAUUCGAGAAAGUUGCAUCGUUGCUUCGACUUCCGUGCCAGGAAAUGGAAUCGAACCGGCGAGCUCUGGAUUGCAGGCCGGGUGCGAUGCUGCGAACCGCUACUCCGCGGUAGUUCCACCGUGGUACAUUUUAGAAACGUGGUUUCCUGUGCUUACGAGUUCCAGCGAAGCUCUUAGAAUCUGCUUUGGUGUGGGGCCGUGUGUCACAACUGCUUCGACACAUUAAACAGGUCCUCGAGAGCAGGAGGCCUGCCGGACAGUGUGCUACUGUUGUCAGUUUAUGCGAUGUUUUAAAAAAAAAAUCACGAUGCCACUGCUAAAAUGCUCUGUGAUCUUGAGGUCGAGUACAGAACGAGAGUCCGGUUUAAAGAUAAGACGCGUUGUCGAUAAGGGAGUUAAGGCAAUUAAACGUCGCAAUGUUAGGAGAGAUCUUAAGGGUGGGCAGGACCGCUCACUCAUAAGUCGAUUGACAAAGUCGAAAUAAAUCAAACGAUAAUUAAUAACGCAAGAUAGUGGUGAAAUGCUAUGAACAUUACUUUGUUUAUAUAAUCAUUAACACAAAUAUACUUACCUCUGCCACAUCGGUUGAAGCGCAUAAUGUUGUGAUGUCAUGCCAGCCAUGUUGCAUGGGUGACUUUCAUGGUGGCCAUGUUGCAUCGGGGUUGUCUUCCUGGCAGUCGAUUGGCUGGGGCAGUGGGCGGGAGUCAUGACGUAAUCCCUAGCAACCACUGGCAUCUCACGAAGACGCCCGUAAUUUAUUUUGACCUAUGAUCCAUUUAUCUUCAAAUCUUACUGUGACAGUCGCUGCCUGCCUGCACUUAAGACACAUUUUAAGACCAUUUUGUGUACCCGGGGGGCGGGGGGGGGGAGAGGGGGGGGAAGGGGAGGGGCUGGGUUAUUGUGCCAUUUCCAUAUCGGCCACCCAGCCCUGACUACCACUACCUAGAGCGAUGUGAUACGGGCACCGUACCGCGAUUCAACUGUGACAUGCGUGUGGCCACUUGCGGGACAGAACGCCUGCUUUGGGUUUUCACUUUAGCAGCUGCUGAUCCGCGUGCGACGAGGCUCUUUAAAGAAACGGUUAUUUUCGCGUCCUUUGCGGAGAAUCUUAAUAACACAAUAAACAAUGCCUCCUUCCCGUAUCUCUCUUCUAUAUAUAUAAAAAAAUAGUAUGAAAAGAAUAUGAAUAGGUUUCACUCCUGCCAAUAAAACAUGUUAAGAUGUCCAAACACUAAAUAGAAACCUUUGCAAGGAAUCGUGUCUGCAACCUAUAUUAAUUUUUUCAUUCAAAAAAAUUAUGUCAAAGUAUCCUGACUCUACUCUUUGGUUUUUUUUUCGGUAAAGUCACGUAGGUAAAACAAAAUUAAAAUAAAAGAAAACAACUAAAUCAAAUCACGACGCUUCGGAGGCAACACAAGCUUACGUCUUCAGGUGGAACAGUCACAGCAAGAUAGCUGCAUCAAGAGUGUGAAUAUAGUAUAGUUUUCACCUACGUGACUUUACCCAACAGAACCAAAGAGUAUAGAACCAAAGAGUGUGAAUCAUUGCAGUCACGAAAGCUUCAAAUCUAGAACUAUCCUGACUCUGCUGAUGGAGCCCGGUCAUCGUUAACCCAUUUAGCCACCCAGAGAGGGCGCUUGCCCACGGACGUCUGGGAGUUCAGGGAGCCUUGGGUUACAGCACGCCUGAUUUGCUGAUGAAACAAAUGGAAUGUUGGAAACGUGUGCCAGAGGUUUUGCUUACACUUAACCAGUGCUAAUGAGAUGCGCUCCCAGGUGGCCGUGCGGCCGAAGGGUUGUUUUGAGCGGAGAGGCAAAAUAUGGGAAGGAGAACGGCGUUUAUUCUGUUCGUCUUAAAGAAUAGCGGAGUGUUCACCCGGCCUGCUUUUCAAAAAGCCAAGGCAGCUUUUAUUAGCGUUAACGUGCUUUUAUAUAAACGAGGAUGUUAUUUUAACAAAUGUCGCGAUUGUAUGUUUUUUUUGUAUGUACAAAACGAAUUAAAGAGACAACUAUGUGAUAGUUUAUAUAUAUAUAAAACAUAACGGUC